AUGGGAAGGGAAGAGAUCUCCCUUGGGGUUAUCUCACUCCAUGAAGCUCUAGAUGCAGACACCUAUAGUUGGGAUCCCAGACUAGGCAUCAAUAACGAGAGGCUCACGCCCACAGAAGACCCGAAUGAUCCACCUACAUCAACACUGCAGAUGACAGGAAACACAUGUAGGACACAAGUGGGUAAAGUUAACAAUGUGCUGAUACAUGUUAGAAACCACUCAUUUAAUGUAGACUGUGUAAUGUUGGAUAUAGAUAUGAAGGCAGACCUAGAAAUAUCUUUCAUCUUAGGAAGACAUUUUAUGAAAAUGGUGAGGAUGCUCAUAAACAUAGACAAAGGAGAAUUCAAGGCCAAAAUCAAAGAUCAUGAUAUAAGUUACAAGAUGGCUUAUGGAAGAUCAAAAACUUUAAGGAAAAGACAAAGCACUAACAUUGAUUCGUAUGUUGUACAAUAUGAUGAACAUAGGUUCAAAAGCGUCAUGUACGAGCAGUUUUACACCGAGCUUGAAGACUUAUUGGGGGGAUUACAAUUGCCAGUAAAGGGUGAAACCGAUCUACUGCUCGUACUUGAGAGCAACUUCGCCUUAAGCGCUCCAUAUUUGCCUAGUCACGGGAAAUGUGAGAAAAGAUGUGUCCCGAAAAUCCUAACUCCAAGUACAAGAGCCUCUAAUUUGUGGUCUUUGAAAAGAUUUCAGAAAUCAAAUCUUUCCGGUUGUUGA